AUGGGUGCCCUUAAGUAUGUCGAGGAACUUCAGAAGAAGAAGCAGUCCGAUGUGAUGCGCUUCCUUCUCCGAGUGCGCUGCUGGGAAUACCGUCAAUUGAAUGUUGUUCACCGCGCCUCUCGCCCUUCGCGCCCCGACAAGGCCCGCCGCCUGGGAUACAAGGCCAAGCAGGGCUAUGUCAUCUACCGCAUUCGCGUCCGCCGUGGUGGCCGCAAGCGCCCUGUCCCUAAGGGUGCCACCUAUGGCAAGCCCACCAACCAGGGUGUGAACCAGCUCAAGUACCAGCGAUCCCUCAAGGCCACCGCCGAAGAGCGUGUCGGCCGCCGCUGCGCUAACUUGCGCGUCCUCAACUCGUACUGGAUCAACCAGGACUCCACCUACAAGUACUACGAGGUCAUCCUCGUCGACCCCCAGCACAAGGCCAUCCGCAUCGACCCCCGCAUCAACUGGAUCGUCAACCCCGUCCACAAGCACCGCGAGGCUCGUGGCCUCACUGCCACCGGCAAGAAGUCCCGUGGUCUCAACAAGGGCCACCGCUACAACAAGACCAAGGCCGGCCGCAGAAAGACUUGGCUGCGUCACAACACCACUUCCCUGUGGCGUUACCGAUAA